GAUGAUGCCGCCCGCAGCCACCGCCGCUGCCGCCGCGGGACGGGUUCGGAUCUGGGUUGGACUCAGCGGGCGUGGGAAGCGGGGCCGCCCGGGUCUCGGCGGCCACUGCGGGAGCGCACUGAGCGGCCACCUGUCAUGUCCAGGAAGAAGACCCCCAAGAGCAAGGGGGGCAGCGUGCCCGCUGCCUCCGCGCUGCCCGCUGCCAACGGGCCCCGACAGGUGCGUCCCGGGACUGCGCACCCGGGCUCCGAGGCGCCGCCCAACGGCCCCCCGCAGUUUGGCCGACCCUCGCUUGGCGGUGGUGGCGACUUCUACGACGUCGCCUUCAAGGUUAUGCUGGUGGGGGACUCAGGCGUGGGGAAGACCUGCCUGCUUGUGCGCUUCAAGGAUGGUGCUUUCCUGGCAGGGACCUUCAUCUCCACUGUGGGCAUUGACUUCCGGAAUAAAGUUCUGGAUGUGGAUGGCAUGAAGGUGAAGCUGCAGAUCUGGGACACAGCUGGCCAGGAGCGGUUCCGCAGUGUCACUCAUGCCUACUACCGGGAUGCUCAUGCACUACUGCUACUCUAUGACGUCACCAACAAGGCCUCCUUUGACAACAUCCAGGCCUGGCUGAGUGAGAUCCAGGAGUAUGCCCAGCACAACGCGGUGCUCAUGCUGCUGGGAAACAAGGUGGACUCUGCUCAGGAACGUGUUGUGAAAAGGGAGGAUGGGGAGAAGCUGGCCAAGGAGUAUGGGUUGCCCUUCAUGGAGACCAGUGCCAAGUCAGGCCUCAAUGUGGACUUGGCCUUCACAGCCAUAGCAAAGGAGCUGAAACAGCGUUCCACGAAGGCUACCAGCGAGCCCCGCUUCCGGCUGCACGACUAUGUGAAAAGGGAGGGUCAAGGGUCCUCCUGCUGCUGAUCCUGAACCUGGCUGAGCAGUUCCACUCUGGAGGAAGCAGCACAGGCCUGGAAGUCGGACAGAAGAUUUCCAGGCCCUUUUGACUUCACACAGCAGCCAUCCCAGUGGUGUCCAUUUCUAGGACUUCCAUCCAAGCCUCACCCUUCCUUGUCCCAGCUGCAGUUAUCAAUCCUCAGUCCCAACAUGCAGGCUUCAAAGCCAUCAAGGAUAGCAAAGGUCUCUAGCCCAGGAAGGGGUGCCCAGCAAGUGUACUGACAAAGAUGAAGAACUCUGCUGCCCCCUCCUGGGUACUCCCAGUGGCCACAGGCCAGCACAUAUAUCACAGAACCUAACUCCUUAGAAAAGCCAUGCUUUCAAUUGGACACACUGCUCAGGCAGGAACCCCCAAACCUGGGACAGAGGGCUUCAUGCUACCCACAUCCCGUAUUUGUGUGCCCUAAGUCUGAGCCACCCACUCCCAGCUCAGAAGCUCUGGUUCACCAAAUAGGUCCGUCUCAGGUGUCCCUGGAGAACACCAAGGCCGUGGUUUUGAAAAGAGAACAGCCAUGUGGGAAAUCACAGUAAUGUCAAGAAAUUGGGACCAACAGCCCUAACCUACUGACCAGGGUACCAACUUGGCAGGCUGUGGCACGUGGUCCAACCUGUUCACAGAAGCCUGUGGUGCCAAGCUCUCUCCAUCUUACAUGAAGUUAUCAAACCAGUCUUGAUUGUGAGCCUGUUUUUUUUCCAGACCUAGUGAAUAAAGAUUUGUUUUU